AUGGAGAGCGGAGCAUCUGGGGCCGGAGGAUCCCUGGCUUCUUCGGCUGGGCCCGUUGUAGGGUACCGGCUCGCCGCCGCCGCCGCCGGGGGUACCCCGCUCCCCAGGCGUCGUCCGAUUCCGCGUAAAGGACACACAAAGUCCCGGAAUGGGUGCAUCGGGUGCAAGCGCCGCAAAGUUAAAUGCUCGGAGGUGAGGCCCGAGUGCGAGGGCUGCAGGAGGAUGGGGAUCGUGUGCGAGUGGACUGGGCCUGAGAAGCGGGCUUUGUCGGUGAGAGACACCGAGGCUCGGCAAUCGUCUCUGUCAUCAUCGUCCUCGUCUUCCUUGUCCACCACUCCAAGGGUUGUUCCAGAGGAGGACUACUGGCACUCGUGGAAUCAUGGAGGAGGGGUCGAGAUAGACGAAGCGAGCGUCGGCUUGGGCGUGUCGCUGGGGAACCCGAGACAUGCGCUGCAGAACGCUGGAACCGGCGUGGUGUUUGGGGCCGGGGACAUGAGAUUUCUUCAGCACUUCCUCCUCGACGCCAUACCGCCUCUGCCUAUCGGGGGUGAGGAGAUAUGGAGGGGUGCCGCGAGGAUGGCACACGAUUACGACUUCCUCCUCCACGCCAUGCUCGGUCUCGGCGCCUCUCAUCUUGAACUCUGCAGCGCGACUACAGGCGCGGCAUCAUCUAGCCAAGCGCUCGGCCACAGGGUCAAGGCCAUCCAGGCUCUGAACGCGAGGCUGUCGAGCCCGGGGCUGUCCAAGGUAGACGGGGACGCGGCGUUUGCUGCGAUGAUGGCGCUCACUUUCCAGGCUUCUUACAUGCCGGAGGGCAUGUAUGACUUCAUAUCCAUGGUUCGGGGGUGCCACGUUGUCGCAAUGAAAGCGAUGCCCAGCUUUGAGGACUCGGCGUUCCGGACGUUCUCGAGAGAGGAACACGUAUACAACUUCAAACAGCAGCUGAGCACCAACGGUUCUUCGGAGGGCCUGGGUUCCGUGCAAGGCGACGCUCGGUUGGGAGUGCUGGUUGGGUUCAUUGAGAACCUCGCCGCUCUCGCUCCUUUGUGCGGGAGUGUGUUGGAGGUUGAGUAUCUGGCCGAAAUUCGGAGGGUGAUCCAGCUUACAUUAGCAGAGUCUGAAGAUGCAUAUCCCACGUUCACGGCGAUUUACAACCGCUUUGCUACAAUGAGCCACCAGGAAUUCGUCCAUUUCACCUCGCCAGAUAACCACACGGCCCAGCUCCUCCUCGCGCACUUCUUCCUCCUGGCCUACGUCAUCGGAAUGGUGGGUUACCGCAUCGAAGGGGACCGGGAUGCUCGGCUUAGAGAGCGGGUUACUUUGAGCUGGCUCGAGAAGAUCGCAAGAGGCUUGCCGGGAAAUCUGCGGCGGUAUAUGAGGUGGCCCCUGGAGUUCGCGAGGAAAGCUGUGGACAAGGAAGACGCCGGCUUUAGAGUGGCGGAGAGUCAGACGUGGGUUGGAGACGUGGGUGGUUCCUUAGACCUGUUCUCAGCGGCGUAG